AAAAGAAGGAACAAAUAGAAACAUUGUGAUUAUAAACAAAAGAGUUUCCAUCCCAAAACCCCACCGUCAAGCCCUGAAUGAAGUAAAGCCGGCUAUUUACAGCGAAAUGCCUGGCAUCGUGACGGAUUCCGGCGACCUAUCAACAGUUCCAUCAGAUUACAGUGACCCAACACUCUACCCCCUCCGCCACAGGCUUAAACCCCCAAUUCAUCGCACUUCAAUCUCAUGGGUGCGUGGGAACACUCUCCGCGUCACUCUCAUUCGGAAGCCGGACAUCAACAAUGCUGGGUCCGGAGACAGAGAGGCUAGUGGAGUCGUGGUUGAGUUGAACCUUAGCAACACCGGUGAUGAAGAGAUCGAUGCUGUGAGGUGGAGGAAAAUCACGUAUCGUUCUGUGACUCCCUUCGCACUUCUUCAGAGUCGGAAGAACUCUGUGGCUGCCUUGUCGAAGAUGUCGGCUGGUUCCCAUCCCUACAAUGCUGAGUGGUUGGAGCAUAUUAAGGAGUAUAGCAAAGAAAUUAAUUCCCUUCUUGGUAAUCAAAAUUCAGAUCCCACUUCAGUCAUUGAAGAUCCAAAAGCAGUCUUAAAGAAUGUUGAGGAACCCACGUGUUUAAAGGGUGCAUGGGAGCUAAUAGAGAUGUUUUACGUAGACAAGCAAUCUCAAGCUUGGAUAUCAGAACGGCUGAUUGAUUGGUUGUCUGACUAUGAUUCUUUAUUUUCUCGAACCCACUCGACAGUGUAUUUGAAAGUUGUAGAUUUUCAGAAAGAUCUUGUAGCUCUACAGAUCAUUGAAAAUGAUCCCAAGUACUGGGAGGUGUUAUCAUCAGCAUUGGCAGUUGGCUGGUUAGAUACUGUUGGAAAGCUACUGCGCUUGCAUGGUUCUUAUCAGUUUGAUCAGCUAGGAACUCGUGAGACAGAGAAUGGACUGGUAGAAACAAUUGCUGUUCUCAUAUCAAAAAUGCCCAGAAUGCGUCCUAAUCUACCAGCUGGUAGAUUAGGUGAAUGUUACCCUUCCAAGCCAGAUUUUAUGAAGGCAUGGGAAAAGUGGCGAGCACAAAUAACUAAAUUGGAUUGCAGCGCAUAUUGGCUUCAAUGUGAGCACCAACAGACUAGGGAAGGACUUAAAAAUAUGCUCCAGAUCAUGUUGGGGAACUCUAUUGUUGUGUCAAAUGCAUCAUUUCAUUGGAUGGAGCUUUUUGUUUCUCACUUGCUAUAUAUCCGGCCUUUCACAGUGGGUCUAGAAAGCAUGUACAGUCUUGCUCAGAAGUGUAUGCAGAUAAAGCCAGUUUCCAGAUCCCACAAGUUGCUGAACCUUGUACUUGGCAUACUUGGAGAAAAUGUUGAGGUUGUUUUAGCUGAAUGUUCAAGAUCUUUUGGCCCCUGGAUGAUGACACAUGCAAUAGAACUGUUAACAGCUGGGAGUACUCAAGCAGAAAUCCUUUUGCAUGAAGAACAACCUAAACUUGGAGGUAUUAGCUUAGAAGAGCUCCAUCGACUUGUUUAUGCUGAAGUUCUAUCAUCUCAUGUGCUGACUUGGCAGAUUGCACCGAUCUACUUGACAUCAUGUAUGAAGCUGGGUGUCACCUUGUUGGAAAAUCUGUUGUACAAGCAGCCUGUACAAUGGCACCUAGUUCUACUGAAGAGCAUUGAGAUCUGCCGUCUGUAUGAACUUAACAAUGCGGCUUCAAAUUUAAUGAAGAUCGCUGGAGUCCACUACUGGAAACAUGGAAAGAAAGGUUCUGCAAUUUUCUGGCUCCAGCAAGUUCAGGAUGAAGUUCGCCUCAACAGAAUUGCAAAGCAAUUAUUUGAUUUUGUUGGGAAGUCGGUAUCUAAUGAAGGGUUCAAGCAAUGGGAAGGACUAAUUGAAUUGCUGGGUUCAGAGUCUAGGACUAUGGGCGGUCUUGAGUUUUUGAACAAGUAUAGGAAUUUCAGGCAAUGUCUUGUGCAGGCUGAAGGCAAUACAUCCACUGAUGCUGGCAGGAAAGCCGCUGAAGCCUUAAUAUCACUGAUGAAAAACCCUUCCACACCUCAACAGUUUUUGCUCCCUCUCCUGCACAUUUCGCUGAAUUUGCUGAACUGGAAGGAGCAUCAUUUGUUUAAUGUCUCUCAGACUAACCUGCUUUUGACUAAAAUGCAAGAAUAUUGUAUGGCAAAAGUGCGCCCCGAUUUUGUAGAAAGCGACUUGCCACCAGAUGCAUUGGGUUCUGUUAGAUUGGCCCUUGCUACUAACCUGGGACGUGCAAUCCUAGAGGAGUGAUAAAGAUCUUAUGGGCCUCACCUGUGUUCCCUUUAGGCAGAGAUCCUCCCAACACAAUUUGAAGUGUGCAUUUUUACUUCAAACUGUACAUUUUAUGGAGGUUUUUUCCAUGAAAAGCUGACAUUGUUUGGAAAGAAUAUUGGCAUGGAGAAAUAUGCAUUUGUUUGAAAAGCCUUUCUCAUCAUUUGUACCCUUAACGCGAAUGAAGACGACGAAUAGGUGUUUAUAAGUUUAUAACCAGUUUCUCAAUUGUUCAAGGCCAAACAAGACUAUUAGCCAUUAUUUUUCACUCCAUCAAUCAUCACAAUUUCUAAAUGUUGGAUUUAGCUUAUUUUUUCA